AUGUCCUCAUCUUCAGGUAGCCUUCUUCUUGCGGAAGUUCUUGGAUGUCUUGCUUCAAAGCCACUAGGCAGUGCUAUCAUUCAUAGCUUAAUUGGAUUCUUCAUAGAUAGGCUGGCAGAUUGGAGAGCAUUACGUGGGGCUCUUGUUGGGUGCUUAGCAUUACUGAGGAGAAAAAGUGAUGUUGUCUCUACCAUUGAUGCAAAAGCAGUUGCUGAGGUGUACUUAAAGACCCUACAGGUGCAAUCUUUAGGUCAGCAUGACAGGAAGCUUUGUUUUCAGCUUCUGGAAUGCGUCUUAGAAUGCUAUCCCAAUGAGGUUACUUCCUUGGAUGAACUCCUUCUAUAUGGGAUCUGUGAAGCUAUUGAUGGAGAGAAGGAUCCUCAUUGCUUGUUGCUAGCAUUUGACAUCAUUCGUGCACUGAUUCGACUAUUUCCAAAUCCUAAUGGGCCGCUAGAAAAUUUUUCUAGAGAGCUUUUUGAAUCUUUGAGCAGUUACUUUUCCAUUCAUUUUACUCAUCCAAAAGGAGAGGACACUGAUGUCAAAAGAGAUGAUCUUGCAAGGGCUCUAAUGGUAGCUUUCUCAUCAACACCUCUUCUUGAGCCAUAUGUCAUUCCCUUGCUUCUUGAAAAACUUUCUUCUUCUCUGUCAUCAUCAAAGGUUGAUUCUUUAAAGUAUCUGAGCUAUUGCUCAUUGAAGUAUGGAGCAGACAGGAUGGCCAAACAUGCUGGAGCUAUUUGGAGUUCAAUUAAAAGUGAAAUGAGUACUUCAGUAAAAGAGCCUACUGAAGUUGUUACAUCAGAAUCAAUAAAUGGUCUUGGGUAUCAGGAAAAUGAAAUUGCAGCAGAAGCUUUAGUGCUUCUGGGAAAAGUUGUCUUGCAAAAUAACGAUUUAUAUUUACGUUUGAUUCUGGAUGAUGAAGACAUUAGUAGUAUUUUCAACAUCAUCACAAGUUGUAGGAGUUACAAUAAUAUCCCAUUGGAAGGUAAAGAAAGGCUUCAUGUUGUUGGUCGUAUCCUAUUUAUUACCUCAAGAACUUCCAUUGUUUCCUGUAAUAGAGUGCUUGAAACUUUUUUUCCCCGCUUGGUGGAGAUUCUGGAAAGAAAUUCAUCUUGGGAUCACUUCCUAAAUUUUGGAGCUCUAUAUCUCUGUGUGGAACUCCUUGCUGCGUGUAGAGAUUUGAUUGUAGACUCUGGAGAACUUGCUUCUAACUCUAUUUCAACUCACGAGGCAUGUUGUUGCAUCAUUCGAAACUGUUUUGAUUCACUAAUUCAUAUUCUCUGCUUUACCCUUGUUGCAACUGCUAAUGAAGCUGUUCAUGAUGUGGUUAUUUACUUUAUAGCAUUGUUUUGCAGUAUAGAGCUUGCAGAUGGUGACCUAGACUUUUCAACAGACCCAUGGCCUAGUAUUUCUAAAGGUGCCAAAGAUUUAGUAAGGAAAAUGCUUAUUCGAGAUCCCAAAAGGUGGACAUCUGCACAUGAUGUUUUGUGUGAGUUUUUGUCACUGACAUAUGAAAGAUCCUGUAUUCAAAAGUGGAUAGACAUACCUGGCAGUACCAGGGAUUGCGUGUCCUCGUCCAGUAACACGUCUACUCUACUCUAA